CCAUACCGUAAAACAAGGUUUUGAAAAAUAAAAUAAUAAAUGGAUCUUUUAGUGAAUUAUAAAGGAGGAGGCUCUUUUGUGAAGUUGCCCCCUCAAUUUUCCGAUGACUCACAGAAUGUUUUCGUUUGUUCGAAAAAUUCAAUUUUGGAAUAUAACACUAAAACUGCGAAACUUCUAUACGAGUACAAGACCAGCAAUCGAAUAAUAGGAUAUGGUUAUCAUAGUUUGGAUGGUUUGGAUGCUCUAACAGCUUGCACAGAGAACGGUGAAAUAAGCACAUGGAAAGUAUUAACACAUUCCAAAGUAGUGAAUAAAAAAUUAUCUUUACAAAACGUCCAAACUUUUUUCAUCUUACCUUCCGAUGAAGGGAAUUACAAAGCAGUAACCUCUUACACGAAGGGUGAUACAAUUCACUUUGCUCUAUGGUCAUCCAAAACCAACAAGAUUAGGGAAUAUAACCUAAAAUUACCAAUUGAAAGCAAGUACUUCAUAGACGUUCAGAGCGAAUUUUUUGGAGUGGCCGUUGAAAACGAGAUAUACUUCGUAAAAAUUAACGAUUUUCAACAAUAUUACAAGCGCUUCAUCGGCAACGAGAGAGUAUUCACUUGCAUAGCCUGCCAUCCAGUCGAAGAAAUAAUCUUAAGCGGAGACAACACGGGAAGGGUGUUAAAAUGGCAAAAUUUGUUCUCAAAAAAACCGAAUCAAUCAGUCUUCCACUGGCACACUCUACCGGUAAAUACAGUAUCGUUUUCACACACGGGCAGUUACUUCUACAGUGGAGGUGGAGAAUCUGUUCUUGUAAAAUGGCUGCUAGAAAACGUCAACGAAAAGAAAUUCGUACCUCGUUUACCAGCCCAAAUAAACCACAUAAAAGUCUCUAGAAAUAAUUUAUACGUUGCCGUUUCCACCAACGACAACGCCGUAAGGAUUUUCGAUAACACAUUGUAUCAAAUAAGCUUGAUUCAGCAUUUAGUGCUGGCCGAUCAUUUCGAUAGCGGAAUAGUUUACGACUUGAGGUCCAGAUCGUUGAUAAUGAACGGUAAUCAGGGGCACAUUCAAUUCUAUUCACCGGAAUUCAUGUCGUUGGUGCAUAGUGUGGAUAUCGUGGGGCAAAAUAGAAUAACCAAUGAAAGAGGAAUCGUGAUUGCCAACACGGAGGUGAAGAAAGUGGCGAUUAGUAAAAAUGGUUUGUGGUUUGCGACGGUGGAAGAGCGAAAAGAUGACGAGCUGAGCAGUGAAAUUAGAUUGAAAUUUUGGAGAUUUGAGGAAUCAAAACAAGAAUUUCAUCUAAAUACUUCUAUUGAAUAUCCUCACGAAGACAGCAUUAACAGUAUGCUCUUUGCACCUGUACAUAAAGAUGAUAAUUUACAAUGUGUGACGGUUGGGGAUGAUAAAAAGUUUAAAAUUUGGAAAGUAACAGAAACAAUGGUAGUUACAGAAAAACGCCUGUCCUGGAAGUGUUUCAGCGUUGGGUUCUACAGGAAUCUUCCCUGCAACGCAUUGUCAUUUUCAAUAGAUGGAUCUCUUUUCGCUACUGGAUUCAAAGAAAUUUUAACACUUUGGACGCCAGACACUUGCUCGCUGAAAAGCUCUUUAAUAUAUCCUCUGCACAAGGAAACUAUUAAACACAUUCAUUUCGGUAACGAGAGCGAAUGCCAUUUGUUAGUAACAGCCAGCGAUAACACGCUUAACGUAUGGAAUAUUUUGACUCUCUGUAUGAUGUGGACUGUUCCGUUGAAAGUAUCCCACUUAAUAGCGGAUUCUUUAUCCAGCAAUAUGGCUGUUAUUACUCGCACAAAAAGAGUGUAUGUAUUUUCGCCGAAUUCGAGUCAACCAUUGUACACCAACGAGAAGAUUCUCCAGGAAUUCGGAUCCAUAAAAGCCUGUAAUUUCAUUCCUAGUAGAAACAUUAAUGAUCUUCGUUUGAAUUGGUACCAGCGCACCCAACUAUAUUUCAUCACGUCUGAGAAUGAAUUGUAUUGUUUGCGGGACGAAGAAGUUUUACCAGGAAUUUUGCCGAGUGAAUUGAAUGAAGAUCAGGCGUUGUAUGAAAAGGUUUCACCGCAGGUGAAAGUUGGGUCUAUAAAAUCGAUCGAAGCUCAGAAGCAUCUGUACAUGAAAGAUCCGAGUCAUAGGGCAUUUAAAACGGUAAGAAUUUGUUGUAUUUUGGUCAAAAUAUGUUUAACUCUAUUUUUUUUUUAGUAUCUGGAGAAUCCAAUUCAUACUUUAGCCCCUAUAAGGUUUUCUUGUUAUUCGUUACUGAAAUCUCUUGUUGUUCAAGACGAGCAGAUUAAAUUUUAAAUAUACAUUUUGA